AUGCCGUGGUCUCACCCGGUGCUUGCACCUGCUGCUGGUGCAAGCCCUGCUGGCAUCCGCUGUCAACAUCCAGCGCUGGUCCCGAUUGCUUGGCACUGUCAGCGGGUAAACAAAGCUACUUGUCAACUACCAGAGAAUACUUUCAUCAUAAAUGAACUCUCUGCUAAGUUGAACUUUAUUGGAGAAAGAAAAAUAAUGUUCCAGAGAGAUAACUACCUGAUAACUGCAGGAAACUUCAGUCCCAUUAUUUUCAGUGAAUUUCCAUUUAUCUUUAAUUUGCUAUCCAAAAUAAAAUUAUGGCAAGCUGAUUCCGUUAUGAAAAUAUGGGGGUCACAAAUUACACAUAUGUUUUCACCCCAAUUUUUACUUCAAGUCAGACGAAGUCACCUAGUUGAUGAUGCUCUGCGUCAGUUAGACCAAGCUGCAGUCACUGACCUUCGGAAAGAAUUGGCGAUUGAAUUUAUUAACGAAAUUUGUUCUGUGGGUUAUGGGGUAAAGUCCGAGUUCUUCUACUUCAUAUUUGAAGAGAUGACCAAGACAGAAUAUGGAAUGUUCAUGUAUCCUGAAGAGGGUUCCUACAUGUGGUUUCCUAUCAGUCCUAGAUUUGAGAAGAAGAGAUAUUUCCUCUUUGGGAGGCUGUGUGGACUCUCCCUGUACCAUUUAAAUGUUGCCGAUAUUCCUUUCCCACUGGCUCUGUUUAAGAAACUUCUGGACCAAAAGCCAUCAUUGGAAGAUUUAAAAGAACUCAGUCCCCUUUUGGGAAAGAAUUUGCAAGAAGUUCUAAAUUAUGAGGCUGAUGACAUUGGAGAAGCACUUUGCAUAUAUUUUUCUCUACGAUGGGACCAACAUAAUGUUGAUUUAAUUCCAAAUGGGAUCUCUAUACUUGUGGACCAAACCAACAAGACCGACUAUGUUUCUCAGUGUGUUGAUUACAUUUUCAACACUUCUGUAAAGGCAGUUUAUGAGGAAUUUCAGAGAGGAUUUUAUACAGUCUGUGACAAAGAGAUACUUAGACUUUUCCAUCCUGAAGAACUAAGGACAGCAAUAAUUGGAAAUACUGAUUAUGACUGGGAACAAUUUGAAAGGAAUUCAGUAUAUGAGCCAGAAUACCAUGAAUCACAUCCUACUAUACAGAUGUUUUGGAAAGCUUUCCACAAAUUAACUUUGGAUGAAAAGAGACAAUUCCUCU